UUGCUUGCUUGCGGCCUCACGGUUUCCUUCCCUCCCACUCCGGCAGCAGCAGCAUGGGGCGCAAGUUGGACCCGACCAAGAAGGAGAAGCGCGGGCCGGGCCGCAAGGCCAGGAAGCAGAAGGGCGCCGAGACCGAGCUGGCCCGGUUCCUGCCCGCAGGUGACGAUGAAAAUGCCAAGCGGCUGUCCAGCCGUGCCCGGAAGAGGGCUGCUAAGAGGAGGCUGAAUUCUGCUGAAGCCCCUGAGACAAACAAGUUGACUGGGGUCAAACCGUUGCUCGGAAAGCCAUCAAAAGAAGCUGUCCAGUGUCCUGGUAAAAAAGGGGCCCAGGCUUUAUUCCCCACUGCUCGGGCCAAGAAGCGUCCAGCGCCACCUCACAGCAGCGAGGAUGAGGAGGAGGAAGAUGAGGAUGACUCUGCAGAGGAGGGUGUGGCAAAACAGGGGAACCUUUGGGACUCUGAUGACAGCGAUGCCGCUAUGAUUGAUGACUAUGGCGUCGACUCUGCAUCUGAGGAUGAAGAUGAUGAAGAGCUGCUGCCCAUUGAAAAGGCUGCUCGGAAGCAGAAGGCCCAGGAAGCUGUUGCGGGUGACUGGACUGAGGAGUCGUCUGAUGAAGAGGAGGGGCUGUCCCCUGACUCAGGGCCUGGGAAGGAUGAAGAGGAUGAAGAUGGAGACUCUGGGGAUCUCCAGAUCAAUGUGGACGCUGAUGCUUUUGUACUGCCCCCUGCUGGCGAGAACGAGCAGGAUGCCCAGGCACCUGACUUGCAGCGGGUUCACCAGCGCAUCCAAGACAUUGUGGGGGUGCUGCGUGAUUUUGCCACCCGGCGCGAGGAGGGUCGGUCUCGGGCCGAGUACCUGAACCGGCUCCAGAAGGAUCUGGCCACUUACUAUUCCUAUGGCGACUUCCUGCUUGGCAAACUCAUGGACCUCUUCCCACUGUCUGAGCUGGUGGAGUUUUUAGAAGCUAACGAGGUGCCGAGGCCCAUCACGCUCAGGACCAAUACCUUGAAGACCCGACGCCGAGACCUGGCUCAGGCACUCAUCAACCGAGGCGUUAACCUGGACCCCUUGGGCAAGUGGUCCAAGACUGGACUUGUGGUCUAUGAUUCGUCGGUGCCCAUUGGCGCAACUCCCGAGUAUUUGGCCGGGCACUACAUGCUGCAGGGGGCCUCUAGCAUGUUGCCAGUCAUGGCCUUGGCGCCCCAGGAACACGAGCGCGUCCUCGACAUGUGCUGUGCCCCUGGCGGGAAGACCAGCUACAUAGCCCAGCUGAUGAAGAACACGGGGGUGAUCCUCGCCAAUGAUGCCAAUGCCGAGCGCCUCAAGAGCGUGGUGGGCAACCUACACCGUUUGGGGGUCACCAACACCAUCAUCAGCCACUAUGACGGGCGUCAGUUCCCCAAGGUGGCUGGAGGCUUUGACCGUGUCCUGUUGGAUGCCCCCUGCAGCGGCACCGGGGUCAUCUCCAAGGACCCUGCGGUGAAGACCAAUAAGGAUGAGAAGGACAUCCUUCGUUGUGCCCACCUGCAGAAGGAGCUACUCUUGAGCGCCAUCGACUCAGUCAGUGCCACCUCCAAGACAGGCGGCUACAUAGUCUACUGCACCUGCUCCAUCAUGGUGGAGGAGAAUGAGUGGGUGGUGGACUAUGCCCUGAACAAGAGAAACGUGCGGCUGGUGCCCACCGGGCUAGACUUCGGCCAGGAGGGCUUCACACGCUUCCGUGAGCGGCGCUUCCACCCGACGCUGCGUUCCACUCGACGCUUCUACCCGCAUACCCACAACAUGGACGGCUUCUUCAUCGCCAAGUUCAAGAAGUUUGCUAACUUUAUCCCCCAGUCGCAGCCCCAGCCCCAGCCCGGUGAGUGAUCAAGAGAUUCGGCCACAGCCACUGUCGAUUUGCCUGAUGAGAAAGGUCAGGUGACCCCGAAACCCGAGAGCCAGCCUGCCAAGAAGAGCCAAGUGGCUCGGAAGCGGCAGGUGCAGGGACAGUCGCCCCAGAAGACGAACUUCCAGAAGCAGAAUGGUAUCUCCAGGAUACACGCCAGCCCACCUGGCUCCUCCACCCCCGCGCCAUCUAAGCCCCAGGCCAAUGGUCACUCAGCCCAGAAAGCUCCAAGGCCCAGCCAGCCACAGGUGCCUGGGAAGGGCAAGCAGAGGAGCCCCAACCAGCAGGCCUCCCUGAAGUCGAGCAUCCCUCUCCAGGGUGCACACACAGGCAAGCCUGCCCCGCACCCCAUCGUGGAGACCCAGGCCCUUCAGGAGGAGGACCAGGAUCAGACUCCAGGAAAGACCCAGAGGACGAAGAAGGCAAAACAACGGUGGCCAAAGGCCUCCAAGAAAGCUGCCUUCCAGAAACAAAAUGGCACCCCCAGAGCACCUCAGACUCCCGGCACAUCCCCCCAGGCUUCCAAACGACCGCCUGCAAAGAGGAGAAAAACCUCUGCCACCAAGCAGUAGCCACCCCUCCCACCUCCUGUCCCCAUGAAAUGAAUAUAUGUUUACCCAACCCA